ACUGUCUUGGAAGCGGCUUGCUGUCAAAAUAAAAUAAUUUUGUAAUUUAAGCGAACUCUAGUAUAUAUAGCCAAUUAGUAAACGUAGAUGAAAUAUUUUAUAUUUCAGAUUCGAUGAUCUUGUUCUAUUGCAUAUUAAGUAUAUUGACCAUCAAUUGGCAAAGGUCAUUUACACCUUUGCGACUUGCUUCGUGUCGAGUAUAGUGAGGCGUUUCAGAAGCGACCAGUGUACGCUAGGAUGAGCGAAGAUAGCAGCGAGGAGUCCCUGGGCCGUCCACGGCGUCGCAAGAUAAAAAGAGUGGUAUUGCUGUCGUCGAACUCGGACUCCGACAGCGACAGCAGCGUCGUUCCCGUGUCGACACGUAGAAAGAGACUGAGGGUUGUUAGUGACGAGGGCAGCGAUAGCAGUAGCAGCUCUGUUGUGGCACGACGUAGGUGUCUGCCUGCGUUACGCGAUUCCGACGCCGACAGCGAUACAUCAGGCUGGGCCACCGACCACUCGGAUGCACCUAAAACUUCCACGGACCCCAAUGCAGCCAAACAUGCAUUGGGCUUUGUAUCAGAUAGCUCAGAAGGCAACUCUGAUAAGUGCUCAAUCUGUUUAUUAAGGUUCAAGGAACAAGAAGUAGGAACACCAGAGAACUGUGAGCAUCUCUUCUGCCUUGAUUGUAUCACUGAGUGGUCUAAAAACGUAAAUACAUGUCCUGUGGAUCGGAUCACAUUCAACUCAAUAAUAGUACGGGCUUGUGCUGGUGGGCGAGUACUACGCACAGAUCUUGUCAAAGUUGCAGAACGUCGCCCUUCUGUCGAGGUGCUUGUAAUAGAGGAUUCUACUCCAUGUGAGAUAUGUGGAAGUACUGAGGAUGAAGAAACUAUGUUGCUGUGUGAUGGGUGUGAUCUUGGCUACCACAUGCACUGUCUGACACCGCCAUUGACAGAAGUUCCUGCAGACCAGUGGCUGUGUCCAAACUGUGAUGACAUUUUGGAUGUUAUCCAUAUCUCAGAGCUAGACGAUUUGUUCACUGACAUUGCUGAUGUAGAUCUACCUGAAGGACGACGUAUUCUAUCCUUGCAAGAGGGACCUAGUAAUCUGAGAAGAUCUGUUAGAAGAUCUAAUACCAUCAAUGAGCCCUCCACCUCUUCAGGGACUAGUCACCAACGUCAUUCCUUUGCGGAUGGUGCUCCAUCUACUUCGAGACAUACCAUCUCAAGGUCUUCACGUAACAGUAGAUCUCAAGUGACAACUCGAAGAAGACCAACUGGAUUGCAGCGUAGGAAAUACAAAAGGAGAAGAGCAAAAACUGUCAUAAUUGAAUAUGAGGUGGAGGAAAAUGGAGAAUUACCUGUAACAAAAACUGUGAAAAGAAGAGUAAAGAGAAGGAAGACGCGUAAACGUCAACCGCGCACGGCGGCGAGGCGCACGCACGUGCGCGCCAGCGUGCGCGCGCGCCUCGCCGACCUGCACCUGGACCAGCGCCAGGACGCGCUCCGGGGGGUCUCGGGGGGUCGCCUGUUGGCGCACAGACAGAAGGCCGGCCUCCCUGCUCUCAGUCUAUUCGGGAACUCCAAUCAGCUGGACUACUUCUCGGAGGACGAGCGCGACGUCUCGGAGGGAGCCGGCGUCGCCGUCGCGGCCGGGCCGACCUCGAGCAUUCUCAGCGCUUACAGACAGGCGAGAAGGAAGAUGAUAUCGAUCCCCUCGCCGCCCCGCGCAACGGCCGCCGCCGACGUCCUGACGAGCAUCCUCGAGAGCCAAACGCUGCUGCACUCGAGGAGGUCGGUCGUGACGGUGGCCGCGGACGGGCGCGUGGACAUCGCGCCGCAGCCGGCCGCGCGGACGCGGCUGCCGGCCGGCGAGGAGGCGGCGCGCAAGCAAUUACAUAGGUACGUAAAGAAGGACCCUCAAUACGAAUGCGUUACCGACGCGACGUCCACACAGGUAAAUUCGAAACCAACGCUACUGAACAUCUUAAGAGAACGUUGUACUUACAAUAAUAGGCCGUGCCAUAGUCAACAUGAUGAAGACAAGAAAGCAUUGCCUGAAGCCAAGUAG